CUCUCUCCACCUGACCUCAGUCAGAUGUCAUCACUUUAGUCCUUGCUUUUUAAAUAUUUAUGAUCCUCAAAUUCACGAGUCAUUUUUCACACCCUUGCACUUCUGUAACAAAGAGGACUCAACAUAUUAAAAUAAUGCUGCUGUAACCUUUUCAGGCUUUAUUUUGAAGAGUUACAAACAAAAAUGUCAAUACAAAUAUGGAAACCAUUUAUAGACAUCAAUAAUCUCAUGAAUUGUAAGGAGAAGGGUAUUACUGACAGUAUUAACAGCAUGGCUACUGAUGUAAGAAACUGCUCUGUACUCAUUCUGGUUGACCUCAGUGGGGUCCGACCCCUGGCUGCUCUCCAUGCCAGCAUCUUUGGGCAAGAUGUCCAGGAAACCCCAAGUUUCCCCCAAUGCCUUCAUUACACUGUUUAUCAGGAUGUGAAUGAUAGAAAGUACUCGCAUACACUAAAAUAUGCUUGUGUGAAUGAAGUAAUGAGACCGGAUGAGGACUGUGUCACAGUAGAAAAGCAGUACAAAAGAACCAGUCCAUUUAUCAUUUCCUAUAAUUUUAUGUUGAUGAUAUUUAGUUGUAUAAACCUGUCCAGCUCACCUGCCAGACAGGUUUCCCUCCCUAGUCAACUGUUUAGCCCUGAUUAGUGACUGACACUGCAACAAUUACCUUGUUUAAAUGACUGAGGCCAUGAUGAACUACAGCAGGUAAAAGUAUUGAAUAUGUCACCAAUUUUCUAAGUAGAUAUAUUUAUAAAAGUGCAACUGACAUGAAAUUCUCUCCAGAUGUUGGUAACAGUCCAUCCAGUCUACAUUCAAAGAAAUCAAACCAUAGAUGUCCAUAAAUAAAAGUUAUGUGUAAUAAUAAGAAAUGACACGAGGAAAAGGUAUUGCUCACACACACUUAAAUGAAUUUAAUACUUCAUACAAAAGCCUUGGUCUGUGUUUCAGCUUCAUGACACCUCCUGUAUGGAGAAACUCAUCACACGCGUUGCUCAGGUGUGAUUUUGACCCAAUCUUCCACACAAACAGUCCGAAGGUGCUGUGGAUGUGUCGAGGGGGCCAAUAACCCAAAGUGACCAGCGUCCAAGCACUGGGUCAGGGGACUGGCUGGGCCGUUCCAGCAGCUUUAAUUUCUUUCUCUGAAACCAGCUGAAUGUUUCCUCUGCUGUGUUUGGGAUCAUCCUCUUACCGAAACUCCACCCUCGUUUCAGCUUCAUCAUCCUGGUAGAUGGCAGCAGAUUUUUAUCAAGAAUGUUUCAGAACAUUUUUCCAUUCAUCCUUCCUUCAAUGAUAUGAAAUGGUCAGUGCCAUGUUCUGAAAAACAGCCACACGCUAUCACGUUCUCACCUCCAAACAUCACUGUUUGUGUGCAGUUUCCCAGGGUGCUGCAGUGUUGGAGGUAUACGAGGAGGUGGAGGCUGUCAUGCUGGCCUGCCAGUACUUUGGUAUCAUACCUGAGGACGAUCCCACAGUGAUCUGGAGCCGCUUUGACCUCAAUCCCAAAACUGUCCACCGGAGAAGAGAAGAAGAUGAUCUUCAAGGCCAAAACCAGCAUUACAGCGGGCGGACGUCGAUGAGGCCUGAUGCUCUGGAUACUGGAGACUACAGCCUCACUCUGAGAAAACUCCAGCUCACUGACAGCGGCAACUACACCUGCACCAUCAGUGAUGGGACACAAAACCUGACACUGAAUAACAUACAGCUGCAGGUCAAAGGUCAGAAACAGUCCUCUAUGGAUACAGGUCAGAGGUCAGACCUCAUGACGUUCUUUCUGUUUCUCCACAGAACGAUUCCCAGCUUGGUCUAAGGUUCUCCUGGUUCUCCUGGUUCUCACCACUGUCAUUGUUUCUGGGGGUCUCUUAUUUUAUUUCCGUCUCUAUUUAAUGUCAGUGUACCAGGUGGAGGUGGAUGCAGAGAUGGAUGCUGUCCAACUGCCAUGCAAAACUAUAACUCACCUGGCUGAAGAUGCUAAAGUGGAGUGGAGCAACAGUAAAGGCAAGACAGUCCACCUGUUUGAGAACUCCUCCGACCAGCAUGAGGAACAGCACUGGUUUUACAGACAGCGGACAGAGAUGAAGAAACGCCCGCUGAAGGCUGGAGACCUCAGUCUGACCCUGAAAUAUCCCACAGAUUCAGACACAGACACCUACACCUGCACCGCCCGCAGGAGGGAGGGAAACAUCCUGAUGAAGAAACAAGUACAGCUCCAUGUCAAAGUCUGUCAGGUGGAGGUGAAAGACGGGGAGGAGUCAAUCCAGCUGCCCUUCAAAUCCACAGGUGACCUCCCCGAUGACAUCAGAGUGAAGUGGUGGCGAGAUGACCCUGAACCAAUGAUGAUGGUCCACGUGUAUCAGAACAAAUCAGAUCAGCCUGACAAACAGGACGAGGAGUACAGAGGCCGAACAGAGACGAGCAAAAAGCUGCUGGAGACAGGAAACCUCAGCCUGACCCUUAAACAUCCAACAGUCAGAGACACGGGAAGAUACCGCUGCAGAGUCGACAGCAGGAACAUCUGGAGAGAGAAGAACGUGCUGCUCAAAGUCGGAGCUUCUGAGCCACUGAUCCACCCAGCUGGCUUGGAGAAACAUCUGUGGAUGAGUGAAGAAGAAAUGGCCCUGCAGUCACAUCCUGCUGACUGAUCAGACCUGAAGAGGAAGAAAAGUCUGGUUUUCUGGAGAAUCUCAUAUUACUGAUAUAAUGUGUAAGUGCUUUAAAUCCACCUCCAUCGUCCCGAUACCCAAAAACUCCAACCCAUCUAGCCUCAAUGACUACCGCCCAGUAGCCCUCACCCCCAUCAUCACUAAGUGCUUAGAGCAGCUGGUCUUAG